GUUCUUUGGAUUGAAGCAUCGUCCUGCUGCUUUGUGACGUCUCCCGGCUGAAGCAGCAGCAGCAGACAUGUUCUACACCUGUGGUCCCAACGAGGCUAUGGUGGUGUCAGGUUUCUGUCGGUCUCCUCCUCUGAUGAUACCUGGAGGCCGAGUGUUCGUCUUCCCGUGUAUUCAGCAGAUACAGAGGAUUUCCCUGAACACUCUGACUCUGAAUGUGAAGAGCGAUAAAGUCUACACCCGCCACGGAGUGCCCAUCUCCGUCACAGGGAUAGCCCAGAUGAAGAUCCAGGGUCAGAAUAAGCAGAUGCUGGCUGCAGCCUGCCAGAUGUUCAUGGGGAAGUCAGAGCCGGAGAUUGCUCAUAUCGCCUUGGAGACGCUGGAGGGGCACCAGCGCGCCAUCAUCGCCCACCUGACCGUCGAGGAGAUCUACAAGGACCGGAAGAAGUUCUCCGAGCAGGUUUUCAAGGUGGCGUCCUCAGACCUGGUCAACAUGGGCAUCAGUGUGGUCAGCUACACGCUCAAAGACGUUCACGACGACCAGGAUUACCUGCAUUCCCUGGGAAAAGGUCGCACAGCCCAGGUGCAGAAAGACGCUCGCAUGGGAGAGGCCCAGUUCAAGAGAGAUGCUGUAAUCAGGGAAGCCCACGCGAUGCAGGAGAAAGUCUCUGCUCAGUACAAGAAUGAGAUCGAGAUGGCAAAGUCCCAGAGGGACUAUGAGCUGAAGAAAGCAGCCUAUGACAUUGAGGUCAACACUAAGAAGGCUGAGUCGGAGAUGGCCUAUCAGCUGCAGGUUGCAAAGACGAAGCAGCGUAUCGAGGAGGAGAAGAUGCAGGUGCAGGUUGUGGAGAGGACGCAGCAGAUCAUGCUGCAGGAGCAGGAGAUCUCCCGCAGGGAGAAGGAGCUGGAGGCCAAGGUGAAGAAACCUGCAGAGGCUGAGCGCUACCGUCUGGAGAAACUCGCUGAAGCUCAGCGUCUUAAGUUGAUCAUGGAGGCAGAAGCUGAGGCAGAAUCCAUCAGGAUUAAAGCAGAGGCUGAGGCGUUUGCAGUGGAGGCCAAAGGUCGUGCAGAGGCGGAGCAGAUGUCAAAGAAGGCGGAGGCCUUCCAGCAGUACAAGGAUGGAGCCAUGGUGGACAUGCUGCUGGAGAAACUGCCUCUGAUGGCAGAAGAGAUCAGCAAGCCUCUGUGUGAGGCCAACAAAGUUAUCAUGGUGUCCAGUGGAGGAGGCGAAGUGGGCGCAGCCAAACUGGCGGGAGAGGUGUUGGACGUCAUGACCCGUCUCCCUGAGGCCGUGGAGAACCUGACCGGAAUCAGCAUCUCCCUGGUAACGCUCUCCUGCACCUAA